AUGAUAAAUAACACAACUUCAUCUGCAUCAAUCUAUGGAUAUAUGAAUUGUUCUAUAACAAAUGGUAUUAUACGAUAUUUUGGUACAUUUAUUUUUCUUAUUGGAAUAUUUUCAACUAUAUUGAGUAUUUGUGUAUUUGCAAGAAAACCUCUUCGACGGAAAUCAUGUUGCUUUUAUUUUUUAAUAUUAGCAAUUAGUGAUUCAAUACAUUUACUAACAAUGACUAUUGAACAUCUACCAUACAGUUUUAAUAUAGAUUUAAUUAUUAUUCAUACAAGUCUUUGUAAAAUAACAAUAUUUCUUAUUUAUUUUUCAAAUCAUCUAUCAAAUAUUGUACUUACAUUGGCAUCAGUUGAUAGAUUUAUAUUGAUUUAUUGUCCAUCACGUUCAAAACAUUAUUGUAAUGUUAAUCGAGCCAAACGUUUUGUUCUUAUUGCUGUUAUUAUUCUAUUUAUCGCUAAUGGACAUAUAUUGUUUGGUUAUGAAAAAAUUCAAUUAGAUGAUAAACCAUUGAAUGUAUCAUAUGAUUGUAAUAUACGAAGAGAAAAUAUUUUCUAUAAUAAAUUCUUUCAUUUCUAUGAUUCAUAUAUUGAAUCAAUAUUUUUUAUUAUUAUUCCAUUUAUCAUUAUGUUUAUUUGUUCAAUAUUAAUUAUAUUUCAAAUAUUUGAAACACGAAAAAAUUUACGAUACAAUACAACUGGUAAGUUUUAUUAUUAUACAUUUUAUACAAGUGAAACAAUUCGACAAACAGUUAGGAAAACAUUUCAAGAACAAGGAACAACAAAAUUACGUGAUAAAGAUAUUCAAUUAUGUUUUAUGUUAAUUGGAACAACACUUGCAUUUCUUGUAUUUUGUUUACCAACUGAAAUCAAUGAUAUUCUUAUUUAUACUGAUCGAGAACAUUCUUGUUCAACUUGGUUUCGAAAAGUUCUAUUAAUGUUAAUGCAACAAAUAUAUUAUGCCGGACAUUUUUAUAUUUAUACAUUAACAGGACAAGUAUUUCGAAAACAUUUAUAUGCAAUGUUUGUUAAUAAACAAAAUCAAUCGAUUUCAACAAGAUUUUUUUCGAAAUUUAAUCGAUUAAAAAAUCAAUCAACAAUUCGAGAUCAAAAUGAAAAAUCGAAAUCAUCACUUCGAACAACUAGUUUUAUAAAUAUUAAAACACAUCGACCAACAACAAAAAAAGUUCUAACAAAUGAUUUAAAUGAUCCAUCACAAAAACUUCUUUCGAAUUCAAAAUAUAUCAUAGGAUCAUAUUAG